AUGGUAGAGAAUAAUGAGAAUAUAACUGGAGUAAUUGGGCACCUCAUCCUGUCAUGUGAACAAAAUGAGGGAGCUCUCCAGGGUCCUCCACUGACUGUGAUCAACAUUAUAGAACUCAUAUCCCAGAGACACAUUGGGCAGAAGAUAGGGAUUCCUGUUGACCUCUUCAACGGCAAAAAUCAAGGCCAGAGCAUACAGCAUUCUCUACUAGUGUGUAAUUUUGAAAAUGAACCCUGCCUGCGUAGAAGGAACACCAGUGUGUACAAGGAUGGAGACGUGGUGAUUGGGGGACUCUUCUCCCUUUUCAUUUAUUUAUAUUACAAUGGUAUCUUUUAUCUAGAGCCUAUGAAGGAUGCCUUUAUGCAACUGAAUAUCCCCAACAGCUACCAGAAUGUUCUAGCUUUCAUAUUUGCCAUAGAAGAGAUCAAUAGGCAUCCUCAUUUUUUACCCAAUAUAUCUCUGGGAUUCGAGUACCAUAAUUUUCUUUACAGUCACUGGAGGAUGCUGGAGAGUUCUCUCACUUUGCUCACAGGACAGAGUGAGAUCCCUAAUUACUCCUGUAGAAAAGAGAGCAAGUCCAUAGCAGUGCUAACAGGAACAUUAUGGGCAACUUCUGCUCAAAUUGGAACCCUGCUGGAGCUCUACAAGUUUCCACAGGUUACAUUUGGCUCUUUUGAUCCUAUGCUAAAAGACAGUGGACAAUUUCCUUCUGUCUAUCAGAUAGCCCCCAAGGACAUAUCUCUGGCCCUUGGUAUGGUGUCCUUGAUGGUUCAUUUCAGCUGGACCUGGGUGGGACUGGUCAUUACGGAAGGUCAGAAAGGUCUUCAAUUUCUCUCAGAUGUGACAGGAGAGAUGGACAGGAACAGAGUGUGUGUAGCCUUUGUGAAAAUGGUCUCAACUCCUCUUGUGUCAUACAUAGCAAGUGCAAAUGAACACAUUAUCCUGACCAAGGAAACAUCACAAGUCAAUGUGGUCAUCAUUUACUAUGACACUGAUAUUCUAAAUGAUGUAAACUAUAUUAUAGAGCAAUAUUUAUUAACAGGCAAAGUCUGGGUCACAAACUCACAAUGGCAUGCGGACAUGACUGGGAAAAAUUUCAUUCUCAAUUCAUUCCAUGGGAGUCUCAUUUUUUCAAACCACCCUGAAAACAUUUCUGGUUUCAAAACUUUUGUCCAAGAAGCCAAGCCUUCCAAAUACCCAGAAGACUUUUACCUCACUAUGUUUUGGUUCAAUAAUUUCUACUGCUCAUUCUCUAACUCUGACUGUUCACUGAAGGACUGUACACCUAAUGCCUCUCUGGCAUGGCUGCCUGUGAAUCGUUUUGACACAGCCAUGACCGACCAGAGUCACAAUAUCUACAAUGCUGUGUAUGCUGUGGCCCAUGCCCUCCAUGAGAUGCUUCUUCAACAAGCACAGUGGCCACCAAUGGGAAACAAAGUGAUGGUGUUUGCUCCCUGGCAGCUCCAAUCCUUUUUGAAAAACAUCCACUUUAACAAUCCUGCUGGAGACCAAGUCACUCUGGAUGACAAAAGGAAACUGGAUGUAGAGUAUGACAUUCUCAACUUUUGGAAUUUUCCAGAAGGCCUUAGACUUAAGAUCAAAUUGGGAACAUUUACCCCACAUGUUCCUCAUGCCCAACAAUUGUCUUUAUCGGAUGAAAUGAUCGAGUGGGCCAUGGGAAUUACAGAGGCUCCGCGCUCUGUAUGCAGUAAGAGCUGCAGUUCUGGAUUCAGGAAAUCCCCUCAGGAGGGAAAACCUGCCUGUUGUUUUGAUUGCACCCCUUGCCCAGAGAAUGAGAUUGCCAACGACACUGGUAUGGAGCAGUGUGUUAAGUGUCCUGAUGAUCAGUAUGCCAAUCCUCAGCAAAACCACUGCCUCCAAAAGUCUGAGACUUUUCUGGGUCAUGGAGACCCCAUGGGGAAGAUACUGGCUGGCACUGCCCUGAGUCUCACCAUCCUCACAGCUGCUGCUCUUGGGCUCUUUGUGAAGCAUCAAGACACUCCCAUUGUCAAGGCCAAUAACCGGGCUCUCAGUUACACCUUGCUCAUCUCCCUCAUCUUCUGUUUUCUCUGCUCCUUACUCUUCAUUGGCCGGCCCAACACAGCCACCUGCAUCCUCCAACAGACCACAUUUGGAGUUGUGUUCACUGUGGCUAUUUCCACCAUCUUGGCCAAAACUAUCACUGUGGUGCUGGCCUUUAAGGUCACUGCUCCAGGCAGAAGGAUGAGGCAGUUGCUGGUACCAAGGGCACCUAACUACAUCAUCCCCAUCUGCUCCCUCAUCCAACUCACUCUCUGUGGAGUCUGGAUGGGAACAAAUCCACCCUACAUUGAAACAGAUGCACACUCUGAACAUGGCCACAUCCUCAUCGUGUGCAACAAGGGCUCACUCACUGCCUUCUACUGUGUACUGGGCUCCCUGGGCUCCCUGGCUCUGGUGAGCUUCACUGAGGCUUUCCUGGCCAGGAACCUGCCUGACACCUUCAAUGAAGCCAAGUUCCUGACCUUCAUCAUGCUGGUGUUCUGCAGUGUGUGGGUCACGUUCCUCCCUGUGUACCACAGCACCAAGGUGGCCAUGGAGAUCUUCUCCAUCUUGGCCUCCAGUGCAGGGCUGCUGGGCGGCAUCUUUGGUCCAGAAUGCUACAUUAUUUUGUUAAGACCAGAAAGAAAUUCUUUGUAUGAGUUCAGAGAAUUGUAUGUGAAAAUCUUCAAUAUUAAUUUUCUGUACUUUUCUUUUGCCUAUCCCAACCAAAUCUCCACAUUUUGA